UUGAAGUUUGCCCGUACAAUGAUUUUUACUGUGGAGGAGAUUAACAGAAAUACUGAGCUCCUUCCCGGAGUGAGUCUUGGCUAUCGGGUGUACAAUGGCUGCGGCAGUGAAAACCUGGUACGAGCAGCGAUAGAAGCAGUAACUGGAGAGGAUUCAAAGGGCUGCAGUGAUUCGAUCCAGGCUCUCAUAGGCCAUUCAUCCUCUGAAGUUAGUCAAGUAAUGAACCUGAUUCUAAGCCCGCUAUUUAUUCCACAGGUAAGCCAUCUUUCAACCUGUUCUUGUUUGAGCAACAAAAGACUGUAUCCCACAUUCUUUAGAACUGUGCCUAGUGAUCACUUCCAAAUCCUCGGCCUCGUGCAGCUUAUGAAACAUUUUGACUGGCUCUGGGUGGGGAUUAUAUACUCUGAUGAAUUGUACUCAAAUGAAGGUGUAGCUAAAUUCAACAUGGAAGGAAAGAAAUUGGGUGUAUGUGUUGAAUACACAUUACCUUACAAUGCGGCAAAACAAUUCACUUUGAAUACCAUCGUGAAUACACUAAGAGAGUCCUCCUCAAAAGUAGUCCUGUUGUUUAUGUCCUUUUACGAAACCAAAUCGUUCCUGUCAGAUAUUGAAAAAUAUAAUAUCACAGGAAAGCAGUGGAUUGGCAGUGAGGCUUGGAUCACAGAAGGAAGCCUGGCUUCUGUUGGGAGAAGGUCAGUUUUACAGGGCGCAAUGGGUUUUGCCCUCCCUCUGGCCUACAUCCCAGGUCUUGGUGAAUACUUACUCAGCCUAAAACCCACAGAUGAACCACAGAGUACUAUAAUUAAAGCUUUCUGGGAGAAUUUCUUUGACUGCAGCUUCUCUCCAUCAAAUACAACUACUGUGUGCACUGGCGCAGAGGAUCUCAGGACGGUCUCCAGUGCAUACACAGCCAUAACACAAUUCAGGGCUGAGAAUAAUGUGUAUAAAGCCGUGUACCUGGUGGCUUACUCCCUUCAUGCACUAUUGCAAUGUAAAAAUGGCUCAAAUCCCACGACAGGAAAACCCUGUGUGAACAAGAACGAAGUUCGGCCUAAACUAGUGUUGGAACACAUUAAAUAUGUGAACUUCACGACACAGAAUGGGGCCAAAGUUUCAUUUGAUGAAAAUGGAGAAUCAAUUGCCCAGUAUGACUUAGUUAACUGGCAGAUGAAAGAAGAUGGUUCUGUUGAGAUCGUCAAUGUCGGUCAAUACGAUACCUCUUACCUGGAUGGGAAAAAAUUAAAAAUAAAAGACAACACCAAAAUAGUUUGGGGAGGAGACAGUGAUAAGGUGGUAAGAUCCGUCUGCACGGAACCAUGUCCACCUGGUACCCGUAAAGCCAUAAACAAGCUUAAGCUUGUGUGCUGCUUUGAAUGCUUUCAGUGUCCUGAGGGAACAAUAAGUAAUCAAACAAAUUCUCCAGACUGUUUGAUCUGUCCACCUGAAUUUUGGCCCAAUGAAAGGAAAGACAAGUGCCUCCUAAAAAAUACUGAGUAUCUCUCCUAUGAAGAGAUCAUGGGAAUACUUUUAGCUGCAUUUGGCUGUUUUGGCGUAUUUUUAUCUAUUCUGACAUCAAUCAUUUUUUUCACUCAUAAUGAGACUCCUAUUGUAAAAGCCAACAACUCUGAGUUGAGCUUCCUGCUGCUCUUCUCCUUAAAGCUGUGUUUCCUGUGUUCUCUGACCUUCAUAGGGCGGCCCACUGAGUGGUCCUGCAUGCUGCGACACACUGCAUUCGGCAUCACUUUUGUCCUCUGUAUCUCUUGUGUCCUGGGGAAAACUCUAGUGGUGUUAAUGGCCUUCAGGGCCUCACUUCCAGGUAGUAAUGUGAUGAAAUGGUUUGGGCCUGCACAGCAGAGACUCAGCGUUCUGUGUUUCACUCUCAUUCAGGUUAUAAUUUGUGUUCUUUGGCUGACGAUCAAUCCUCCUUUCCCCUACAAAAACAUGAACCACUAUAAAGAAAAGAUCAUCUUAGAAUGUGCCCUGGGGUCAGUUGUAGGGUUCUGGGCUGUUUUGGGUUACAUCGGAUUUCUUGCUUUCUUGUGUUUUAUUCUUGCCUUUCUUGCUAGAAAGCUACCAGACAGCUUUAAUGAAGCCAAACUCAUCACCUUCAGCAUGCUAAUAUUCUGUGCAGUGUGGAUUACAUUUAUCCCAGCUUAUGUCAGUUCUCCUGGGAAGUUCACUGUGGCUGUGGAGAUAUUUGCCAUUUUGGCCUCUAGUUUUGGUUUGCUUGGAUGUAUUUUCUUUCCAAAGUGUUAUGUUAUUAUUUUCAGACCAGAACAAAACUCAAAAAAACAUUUGAUGGGUAAAAUACCACCAAGAAGUCUUUAA